UAAGUAAAUAAGUAAAUAAAUAAAUAUAGAAAGGUGCGCCGUAAAGGCCUAUUGUAUCAUUUCCCUGGCCACGGUACUUGCCGGUUUCAUUUCUUUUAAGGUGUAUUCCGGCUUGAUGCCUUCUCUCGCGCGCAUCUGAUGGCCGCAAUUAUUAAGCGAAAUAAUAAUACAAGUAGCACGCGAGGGAAAGAGAAAACAGAACAGGUGACGUAGUCAUAAGCCAUUUUGCGUGCCUUUUUGAAGAAAACCAAUAGGACCUCACACAGCAGGUCGAGCCUCCCCUUCAAUGACCAAUCAUAAGGGUGCAAUUGGAUCCGAGCCCCUGGCCACAAUGUAUUGCAGUCAUGUGAUGGGCCCUGCAUCGUGAUAGAAUGCCAACAUAGAACUGUGGAACGACGUUUCCUUUUCAAUAACAAUAACAGAAAACAGAAAACAUCGAAAGAUAUGAUUAAGAAAGCCUUAUUAAGGUAAUCUGCUGUGUCAUAUCUGCUUCCUUUUUUGUUUUUGUUUUUUUGAGGGGGGUGGAGUUUUGCCUCUUAAAAUAUACAAGGCCUGACCCCCCCCCCCCCCCACCACCACGUAGUGGACUCCCGACUGGAUGCCAAUGGUCUCAGUAAGUGGCCGAGAAGUCCUGACCAAUGGCAAUGACUCGAUGAGGACCCUGGCAAGAGCGCCGCUGGCAUGUACCUACAGGAGCGCGGUGCUGCCCUUUAAGGACAGUGGGCUGGGGGCGCUGGCCUUUUUGGAGGGGGAGGAGAGCGAGUGCAGCUCGGGGUCCAGCUCGGGCUCCUGUCCCAGUCCCGUGUCCCAGGACGCGGGGUCCAGCGUCAGCCCUGGCCCGGGGGAGGAUGGGAGCCUCCUGCGCCUCUAUCUCACGUCCACGGGAGCGGGGGGCGAGGACAGGCCCAGCGGGGGGGCGACCGUCAGGCUGCCGGACUUCAGAUCCCGGCUCCCCAGCAACUUCUCCCCGACGCUGGAGGAGAUCGAGGAGUUCCUGAGGGAGAAGAUGGAGCAGGUCACGGACGACGGUCUUUCGGACCCGGACGACGGGCCGGAAGCCGCCCCCGCGGCCGCUCCCGCCGCGCCCGACGGACUCGAACAGCCGGAGGCGGGUUCUGUCCCAGAAGCCCCCGCUUCGCAGCAGAGCGCUACCCCGCCCGCUACCUCAGCGCCCCAAGUGCUCGUGGGAGCUCCCGUGGUGCUGCAGAUUCAGCCCCUGCAGCUGAGCCCCCCGCCCCCCCAGCCCCCCCCUCAGACGGGCGGCGGCGGCAGCGGCGGCGGGUUCAGGGUGGCGCACUUGGUGCUGGGCGUGGGCGGGAGCCAGAACUUUACCCUGCUGCAGCAGAUGUCCCCCGCCACGCUCGUACCGUUGGCCGGCGAGCCUGGCGGUCCGGACCAAAAGUAUGUGAAGAUAGCGCCCCUGCCCAUCGCGGUGCGGACGCUGGGGGUGCCCGGCGGCGCGGGCGCCGGCGGCGGCGGUCUGGUCAAAGCCAUUCCGCCGCGCACCGCCAAGGCGCCGUCGGAGACCCAGCGCAUCCACAAGUGCUCCCACCCUGGCUGUGAGAAGAUGUACACCAAGAGCAGCCACCUGAAGGCCCACUUCCGCCGACACACCGGGGAGAAGCCCUACACCUGCGCCUGGCCUGACUGCGGCUGGAGGUUCUCCCGCUCCGACGAGCUGUCCCGCCACCGCCGGUCCCACUCGGGGGUCAAGCCCUACACCUGUCCCAUGUGCGACAAGAAGUUCGCUCGGAGCGACCACCUGUCCAAACACACCAAGGUGCACCGGAGCCCGAGGCCUGGAAGGCUGGUCCGGGCCAGCUGCUGACAGCCCCCUACCCCACCCACACCCACCCACCCCCCUCCCCCUCUCCCUUGGCCCCUCCCCCGGCCCCUCCCCCACCACCCUGGCCCAGCCCGGCCACGAAGAGCACUACCGACCCAUACAUUUCUGCUGAGUUUCCUCAGUGCCUUCAAUUUUACCCAAGAGCAGAUUGUCCAGUUUUUUGGGGGUUUUUUUUUCUUUUUUUUUGGCUAUUCUUGGUGCUUUCGGUCUGCCUGUUCCUGCCUGUUAUUAGCUAGGGCAGGGCAGUCAGCUGUGAUUUUUUACCUGGUUCCCAGUACUCUCUUAAGCAGCCUUGUGAAUGAGCACGACAGCUGUUCGUUCUGGCCAUUGUAACCCCGAGAUGAGACCCUAUUGCUCAUAUAAGGGGCGUAGGUUAUUGUACCCUAAAUCCCUAAAAGUUGAGUAAGCUACAUUAUGUGAAUGCAGCUAUUCGAGUCUUUGUGCUAAUUCUGUUUGCUACCAUGUCAUUUGUAACAUCCUGAGGCAUAGCCAAAGCAUGUGUAAAGAGCUAUGCAUUUAUACUUGAAAAAGGCAGCUGAUUGUCUCCUUUUGAUAUGAAGCUAUCCCAUUGUUGUUUUACCAAGUAUAAAGCUAUUUUACAAACUUUUCAUAGGCCUUCCUUGGCUAUGGCUCAGACACAGUCAAAGCAAUAUAUGCUUAUAUGUUUUCUUCCCCCUCAACUUUGAUUUACAAUUUCAAACAGUGUUUGGUCAGUUUCACUGAUCCGUAUGCUAAUAACGUGCUUUAUGAAUGAAAAAGCCAAAACCUGUUGGUUACACUGAAGGGUAAAGUAUAUUUCAGUAAGAUUUCAUCUGAAGAAAAAUAUCAUCAGUUUGGUUUUUUCCUAAAGGAAAGAAUAUGUGUCUAACACACAGAAUGUGUUUGAAAUAUAUGCUGUUAUCGCUAUUUUUAGGUCAUUCUAAAAAAUCUCCUGAGAAAAUGAAAUCACUGUUAUGUAUGUAAAAAUUAUUAAUUAUUUCUUCGGGGUUGGGGUAGUCAGGCUAAAAAAUGUGGGGUUUUUUUGUUUGUUUGUUUUUUGUUUUUCUGCAGGUAUUGGAAUCUACCUUGUCUUGCCAUUUUUAAGCUACAAAUUGCCAUUUCUUUUUUAAAAACAAUGGAUUUCAGCCCCAAAGUGCUGAGAAUACCGGUCAAUGGCAAUUAGUUUCCUAGUCAGUAUCAUGUAAUCCUAACUUCAUGCAGAGAUAGAGUAUAUUAUCUCUUUAACCCAGCAUUACUACAUUGUCACAGAACGGAAUAAGGGUUCCAUGGACCUCUUGAGCCACCAUCCAUUUUAAAGUUACCAUUAUUCUGGAGGAUGUGAGGAAUAAACAUCCUGCCCCAAGCAGGGCAGAACUUUGCAAUGUUUUUUUCCCCUUUUAUUUAUUUUAAAAAAAAUAUUGGCUUUGUCACUUUGGCUGGCACAUGUCAAUGCAUCACAUUGCCUUUACAAGAAACCAAGAAUUGUCAUUUUCAUCAGUGAAGCCAUCCAAAAUAUCACCAUAAUGAAGUAUAGGUUAUAUAUUUUUGAAUAACAGAAAAAAAGACUAUUUUCCUAUGUACACGAUGGUAAAUUACAAUAAACCAAACAUUGAAAUUA